UCAGCGAUGGACAUCAUGCAGCAGUUGCUAGCAUUAAUCGCAGUUCUCCUACUUACCUACGGGUUCUACCGUUUGCGCCGGCAAUUUCGCUUUUGGGCCGACCGAAAUGUGCCAUAUCUAUCGAAUAAAAUUGGAUUCAUGGACAAAUCGAUCCAUCCGGUAGAACAUUUCCGAACAUGCUACACACAGUUCAAGGGCCAAUACCCGCUGAUGGGAAUUAUGAUGAUUGUCAAACCAAUCGCCGUUGUCCUAGACUUGGAACUGAUAAAGUGUAUCUUGGUGAAGGAUUUCCAACAUUUUCAAAACCGUGGAGUGUACUACAACGAGAAAGAUGAUCCCAUUUCGGCACAUCUGUUCAGCUUGGAGGGUGCAAAAUGGCGUAACUUGAGAGCCAAAAUUUCACCAACCUUCACGUCUGGCAAAAUGAAAAUGAUGUACCCAACGAUGGUCGCUGCCGGGAAGCAAUUUAGUGACUAUUUGGACGAUAAAGUGUCCCAGGAGAGCGAACUGGAGAUGAAGGAUUUGCUAUCCAGAUUCACGACGGACACGAUUGGCACGUGUGCGUUCGGAAUUGAGUGUAAUACGAUGAGGGAACCGAACUCGACGUUCCGAGAAAUGGGACGGAAGCACUUUGAAGCACCGAGAAGUGCGUUGAAGGAUGCAUUCAAAAUGAUUAGUCCGAACUUGGCUCGAUUCUUAGGAGUGAAAGAAAUUCGUCCGGAAGUGUCAGAGUUCUUCAUGGGCGUGGUACGGGACACAAUCGACUAUCGCUUGAAGAACGGUGUCCGGAGAAACGACUUUAUGGAUUUAUUGAUCGCUAUGAUGAAUGAUGACUCUUCGGAAUCCGAUCGGAUAACGUUCAACGAAAUCGCAGCUCAAGCGUACGUAUUCUUCAUUGCGGGCUUUGAAACCUCAUCGACAACGAUGACUUGGGCUCUGUAUGAGUUAGCCCUGAAUCAAGAUGUUCAGGAGAAAGGAAGAAGCUGUGUUCGAGAAGUCCUUGAAAAACACAAUGGGGUGAUGAGCUACGAGGCAAUCAUGCAAAUGACGUACAUCGAUCAAAUCAUCAACGAAACCCUCCGCAAAUAUCCUCCCGUGCCGAUACAUUUCAGAACAACCUCUAGCGAAUACCGGGUCCCAGAUACGGACACUCUGCUGCCAGCUGGAACCUUUGUGAUGUUGCCUGUCCACGCAAUCCAACACGAUGCGGAGAUUUUCCCGGAUCCGGAGAAGUUUGACCCGGAUAGGUUCACCGCGGAAGAAGUCAGCAAACGACAUCCAUAUGCGUGGCUUCCAUUUGGUGAAGGGCCUCGCAUCUGUAUUGGAUUGCGCUUCGGGAUGAUGCAGGCCCGUAUCGGAUUAGCACUACUAUUGAAGAGUUUCCGUUUCUCGACUGGACCUAAAUCGACCAUUCCGCUCGAGUUUGAGCCAACGAACUUCAUCCUUUCUCCCAAGCAGGGGUUGUGGUUGAAGGUGGAGAAAAUAUAGUACUGGUGAUUCAUCGAUGAACAUUUUGCAGAAUAGAUCUUGUUGCCAAGUGCAUAAUUCUCGAUGAGCAUUUCAAAUGGUACUAUCUGCUUUGAUCGAUUCUCUUCAUCGACUUUCUCUUUUCAUAACCACUGCUAUACAAGCAGGUUUUGCGCUUAUUCUACCACAUAGUUUGAUAAAGGAGGUUCUUAUCUAGCGUCCAAAACGUCAAAUACAACAGGGAAAGGUUUUGCAGCUGAAAGGAAUCGAUCAAUGCAGAUAGGACCUAUUGAAAUGUUUAUCAAGAAUUGUGUUGAAUAAUUGAGAUGAAAUGAUACACCCAACCGGGAAGUGUAAGAUUCUUUUACAGAUUUGCAUGAAAAGUAUGCAGAAUUUUAAAUGUUUCACGAUAUGAACGUAUUCUGUGAAGUGGUCGCCGGAAGUAUUUUAGAAUAAUUUUGAAAUUAUUAUGUUAGCUUAUUUUUCGAACAAAGUUUGUUUGCCCAAAUGCAUUGCGUCCAGAAAUUCAUCUCGUGAAGAUUUUCUAAAAAAUAUGCAUUCUGCUAAAUUUGCUUGUACGCUGCAGUCCAAUAAAUCCAUUUAUUUUCUUCGCACUAUUUCGACCGAGUUCUAUCACACCAGGGAUUGUUUUCGUACCGAUGUUGACGAUGACUGCCACGCAAAAUAGAUGGCAUCAUGGCAAUCAUGACAUUAAAAAAAACACGAAUGACCUCCUCGGAAGGAUCCACCAUGAUUUUCUAUCAGAAUUGAGUAUUAUGCCACGAUAAUUGCACUUAUUUUAAGCGAUAUCAACCGCACUCUAUUGCGCUUCAAAACGUGUUUUCUCCUUCAAAUUCACUGGACCGCAACUCUUUCGCAUCACAACCAUCGACAAG